AUGAACCAAAAGAUCUGGUACCAACGACCACGGCAAAGGCUCCAGAGCCAGCCAAAGACAACUAUCUCUGUCAUCAGUCUCCUUCUCACAAUCAUUGCUCUGGUCGUAACCUUCUUCCGUCCCGGCCCAGUCCAUGGAUCACCCGAAUCUGACAUGGAUCCUAACUUCGGCAUCCCACGUCCACCCAUCAGUUCCCCCAUUCCUACAACCAACAUCAUCAUCGAACAAGCCGUCAUGUAUACUUCCGGCCUUAUCGGAGUCGCUCUCGGCACCAUCGACGCUUAUCGCACCAAGACUCUACUUCCUCUCCUCCUCCCAUCAGUGGCGCAUUCAUCGCUUUCCCCGAACUCAUGCUCGACGUCCUCGGUGGAUUAUAUCACCCUUGGCCCACCACCACAUAUCCAUCUUUCCACCUUCUAGGCAGGGAAAUCGUGCCAUGGGUUUCGGUAUGGUUUGGCUACGGAGCCUUUAUGCAAACCCUUCUUCGCCUGCUCCACAACAACACCUCCACCAAGAAUCUAUGGCUUUUCUUGGGUCUGAUGGUGCUGGGCGAUUUGGUCAUUGAGGAAAUCUUCUUGCCUAUGGGGGCGUGGGUGUAUUAUGGUAAUCAACCGCUUAGGGUUGGGAGUCUGCCUUGGUGGUGGCUACCUUGUAACUCCAUCGGUGUAUUUUUGGCUGCUGCGGUUGCGUUCAGGGCUAGAGGAUAUUUGCAGGGAUGGAAAGUGCUGUUUGUGGUUUUCAGUACGCCUGUGUCUGUGGCGGGGACUUAUGGGGCUAUUGCUUUGCCUUGUUGGUUUGCGGUCAAUGGAAAUUUCGGAUGGUUUGUCACGCAGAUGUGUGGCUUGUUGACCAUGGCGCUUGGAUUACUUCUAUUCUGUGUUAUUUUGGAAGUCGUGCUUGAGAGAAAUGCUUUUGAGAUGGACGGGAGAGGUAUUGAUGAGGUGACUCAAGUAGUUGAUGAAGAGGAGACUUAUCAUGAUUAUGAGUGAUUCCUCUUUGCAAGUU